AUGGUCUCCACGUCACACCAUAUGGCACACAACAAGAUUGUGAAAUACCUGCAGACAGUCACUCAACUCGUGCAAAUUUUCACCUUGUCUUGUGACCCAGGUUCUCCAAAGGUUAUUGGAUUUGACAUAUUGAUACCUAUUACUCUUGACCAUUCUUCUCCUGAAUUAUAUUACGGGUCAGGAAGCCACCUCAACCUCUUCAGCAACAAACAGCCGCCCAAGAAGAAGCGGAAGAGCAGGACGGCCUUCACCAACCACCAGAUCUUCGAGUUAGAGAAGCGCUUCCUCUACCAGAAGUACCUCUCCCCCGCCGACAGAGACGAGGUGGCCCAGACACUAGGGCUAAGCAACGCGCAGGUGAUCACGUGGUUCCAGAACAGGCGAGCCAAGUUAAAGAGGGACAUGGAGGAACUGAAGAAGGACGUGACAUCACAUAAGAUCCUCAGCGACCACUCCACCUUCAUCAAGACCAUGACGCAAAUGGGUCUCCUCAAGCACAAGCCCGGGGAGCCCUUCGACAUAAAGAAAAUAACGGGAUGAUCGUAACUGAAGGGACAAUUAAAAGGUGCUCGCUCUCACUUCAGAAAUCCCUCCAAGACCAUUACGCCUAUACCCCAAAAGUGCUCAAAUGCAGACUCUAUGAGCCUCUGAAAAAGUCAUGGAGUCGAUUAUUUGUUUAAGACACAACUAUUAGGGUGAACAAGGUGGCUAAAGGAUAACCUGAACCUUAUAACUUUAUCAUCAAUAAGUUCCAAAAAAAAAAAACUGUCGACCAAUACAACCUUCAGAAUCCUUAUCCCUUCAGCAUAAAAACACACUUCUCAUUGCCUCUCCUUCUUAACUUUAAACAACCUUAGAUAAAUUCUGGUCCUGACAGGCAUAAGAUGUUCGAAACCUAAGAAUUCUUCGUUGCAUCUCCAACUGAUGACUUUUAACUGGUCGAAGUCUGUCUCUCCCUUAAUGGCCACUUCAACUGAAUACGUUCAACUGAAUCUCCAUCUAUAAAUCUCAGGAUACCUACACACUCUGUCACAGACACCAAGUAUGAUGUACGGAUCUUGAAGAGCAUACAACCAAGUUCGACCAUACACUACAUAAUUAUCAACUUUUAGUUCUAUAUCAUGUUUUCAACUUUUAUGAGCUAAAAACCGAGAAAAAAGUACAAGCAUAAAUUUACAUGUCAGAAAAUAUGAGACAGGUAAACAGUCACUAAAUAUAUGCUGUUCUAUGUAUUUAAUUUCCUUUAUUUGAUCGAAAACUUUAGAAGCGACACAACUACAGUAGACUGCCCGAAACUGACAAUUGUUUUUUUAAGCAUCAAACUUUUUUCACAAGAAUGAAAAAUCGGUAAAAAAAACAUAUAAUAUGGGAAAAAUUAAAGGCUCAACUAAUUGCUUGAAACCGAGGUAGCCUUUCAAACCUUGUAAGUCAAUCUUACAAAAACUUGAAAAUAAUAGGAAGUCGGAGCUCCAUCAGAAUAUGUUUGUCGUCAUUGUUUACAUCUGUAAAGGAUCUUUAAUUCAUUAUUAAAACGUUGAAUAUGCGAGUGUUCUGAAAAUACAAAAUUAUGGCUAAAAGUUUGUGGUUUCGUUGUGAAAAACGGCCACUGUAAAUUUUGGUCAAAGAAGUAAUUCACUGAACAAAGUUAUAAUCCAUUGAAUAAAUUUAUCAUUCUCAUAGAAAAUUAUAUUCCACAAAACAAUGUUGUAAUGUUCUGAACGUGAGAGUUACCACACACACACACACACACACACACACACAAGUCAACUAACGACUUCUCAAUGUCGUGUACCUUCCCUUGUAAAAUGCAAGAAUACAUUAUGAUGUCGAUUUAUAUGUUAAUAUAAUGAAGUGCCGGGAUAAUAAUAAUAAUAAUAAUAAUGCAGUAUUUCCAUGACAUAUUUGUUUUCUUCUCAGUAAUAAUCGACAAUGUUGCCAACGCUGACUUUAACCCAGGAAAAUGUUAUGUGACUAUGGGAUGAUCUAGGAUUUAUAAUUAACAAAUUCCUCUUACAUGAUAUUUGUUUAAAUGUUGUUUUUAAUUAUCAUUGAUAACCAGCUUUCCAAUUUCUGUAUAUUUUUUACGUGAAUUAUUAUCGUUAAACUCAUUGUAAGAUUUUUUUUACUCUGAUUUUACUUCAUGUCUCCUAUCCUUAUUGUAUCUCUCAGUUUAAUUUAUUUUGUUAUAUCAUGAUGUGUUAAUUUUUAUAUUAUUUCACUGACAUUUCAUCAACACAACGUAGUAAGUUUUGUCUGUUUGAGGACCAGUGCUGUGAGAGAGGAUGGUUACACACCAUACAGCGGGGUCCAACACACGCCUCAAUAGCGCCAGGGAGUCAACAACACGAAAGCUUCAAGCGGCAUGACGCGAAAAAUACUUAUUUAAUCAAACAUUAUUUCUCUUGUUUUUUUCUUAGUUUCUCUUUAUUUACCGAGUCAUUAUGCGUCAUCAAACAAUGCUGAUGAUGGCUUAUUGUGUUUGUUUGUCUGUGUUUUAGUGACUUCUCCCCGGGUAUAUUACGGAUUACCAAGUGAUAUGUUUUCGUGAUUGGGUGUUGGGUGUUUUACCUAUGACAUAAGUAACAUAGUCGCUUAUUUCUUGUGAUGAGAAACAAGAACGCGAGGAAAGCAUGAAGAUUGCCUUAACUAGAACACAAAAGACAAGGGUAAACAAAUGAAGUAAGAAAUUCUAAGUUAAUCAAGUAAUUAAAAUUCUUUCAGAUUCCGUCUAAAGUAGAGAAUACGAAGGAAAGUGCAGGUUUUUUGAGUACCCUUACAUUGUUUUUUAAAGGGAGAGGCAAGUGGCUGUGGUGAGUAGUGGGUGCCCGGUUAAGGAAGUAAUGUACAGCAGAACGCGGACUUGAAUUCCUUUCGAUGAAUUAAGAAUAUUAAGGAUGACUAUUUGCUAAUGAAGAGAUGGGUAUCAUCAUUUUCUUGUUAUUAUUCUUCAUAGGUUCUUAGAUUCUUUCGGUCAAUGUGUGACAGCUAGUGGACAAAACAAAUGCUUGUAGUUUGUUCAGGUACAAAUCUUUAGGAGUGUUCCAAGUACUGGUCAGUUCUACCUAAAUGUAUCCAGAGGAGAAAGAUGCCACCGUUUGAAUUUUCAACUCCGUCCCUGAAGGAUGACGAGUUAUUGUAUCUACCACAGAACUAUAUCAAGGAGGUCAGUUCGACGAUGACCGGGUUGCCAUUUAUGAUGUCAAAUUUAGUUUUAUUAGAAAAUUUAUUCUUCUGUUCAGAAAAACAGAAAAAUAAUGUUCCUCUGUCCCAAUGUCAACAUGUAACAGUAGUUUAGAUUGUGAGACUAAAAUAUAGACGAGCUAGUUAUUUUAUGUAAGUAACAGCAUGGAGGGAUUAAUCGGUGUUUGAACUUCCGAAUUCGUGUGAAAACUGGACCCAUUUCCCUGUCUUACCACCGUCAGUCCAGGACAUGUGAGGACUGAUGCACCUCACCAGUAUUUCUGCCAUUUAUCAGGACACUGAUAAAGGCUCAUAUGGUCAGAAAUGUGCAAUAAUAUUUAUUUCUAUACUCAAAUGUCUCUUAAGUACGUCCUAAGUGUCUUUUGAGUUCGCCUCUUUACACCGGGUACGUUUCUCCUCGUCUGAGUGGCAACGCAGUAAUUGGGUACUAAAACCUGUAAAUAGAGGAGGCCAAUGAUUGCUAUAUCAAGGUGUCUACAUAGCACAUUGAACUGGGGCUCAUGAAAUCCCUCUAACUUGGCAACACCGGCAGAGGUAUAGGGCGGCUGAGGCUGUACACAAGUAUAAAUUUCCAGUAACUCGAUAUAAUGCAUUAUUUUGUUUGUCUGCUUUCAACUGUAAAAUAAAUUAUGUCGACAUGGGAUUUUUUUUACGAGUAUAAUAUUAUUAUGUACAUAAGUCUGUACAGGUUCAUGUAAAUAUUUUUGU